AUGUUACGGCCCAGUCCCUUCAGCCCUCUGAAACAAAGAUCUCAUUAGAUCUCCUAUAAUACUGUAUACUGACGUUGUGGUGUCUCUCUCUCUGUGUGUCCCUCCAGGAGAGCAGCCGUUCCCCUGUCUGGCAGCGUACGGAGCCUCCAAGGCAGCUCUCAACCUGUUCAUCAACACACUCCGCCACGAACUGGAACCCUGGGGGGUGAAAGUGUCCACCAUACUGCCAUCCUCAUACAAGACAGGUGAGGGUUAAAGGUUAGAGGUCAGAGGUUAGGGGUUAAGGUUAGGGUUACAGCUGGAACCCUGGGCGGUCAACGUGUCCACCAUACUGCCAUCCUCAUACAAGACAGGUGAGGGUUAAAGGUUAGAGGUCAGAGGUCAGAGGUUAGGGGUUAAGGUUAGGGUUACAGCUGGAACCCUGGGCGGUCAACGUGUCCACCAUACUGCCAUCCUCAUACAAGACAGGUGAGGGUUAAAGGUUAGAGGUCAGAGGUCAGAGGUUAGGGGUUAAGGUUAGGGUUACAGCUGGAACCCUGGGCGGUCAACGUGUCCACCAUACUGCCAUCCUCAUACAAGACAGGUGAGGGUUAAAGGUUAGAGGUCAGAGGUUAGGGGUCAGGGAUAGGGGUCUGGGGUUAGGUUUAUGGCAUCCACCAUUCUUCCCUCCUCAUACUAGAUAGGGGAGGGGAACCUGGGGAGCAGGAGGAAGCGUUUGGGUGUAACACACAGUGGACAUGAAUGGGGGUCAAAUAAAAUAAAAUGUUAUUUGCCACAUGCGCCGAAUACAACAGGUGUAGACCUUACAGUGAAAUGCUUACUUACAAGCCCUUAACCAACAAUGCAGUUUACUUUUUUUUUUUUAAAGGGUUAAGUAAAAAAUGGAUAAGUAAAAAAUAGAAAUUGGAAAUAAUUAAAGAGCAGCAGUAAAAUAAAUUAACAGUAGGGAGGCUAUAUACAGGGGGUACUGGUACAGAUCUUUGGGGCGGCAGGUAGCUUAGUGGUUAAGAGCGUUGUGCCAGUAACCGAAAGGUCGCUGGUGCUAAUCCCCAAAUCUGUCGAUGUGCCCUUGAGCAAGGCACUUAACCCUACUUGCUCCUGGAUAAGAGCGUCUGCUAAAUGACUAAAAUGUAAAUGUAAUGUGUGGGGGCACCGGUUAGUUGGGGUAAUAUGUACAUGUGGGUAGAGUUAACAUGUGGGUAGAGUUAAAGUGACUAUGCAUAAAUAAUAAACAGAGUAGCAGCAGCGUAAAAGGGGUGGGGUGGAAUGGAAAUGCAAAUAGUCUGGGUAGCCAUGAUUAGCUGUUCAGGAGUCUUAUGGCUUGGGGGUAGAAGCUGUUAAGAAGCCUUUUGGACCUAGACUUGGCGCUCCGGUACCGCUUGCCGUGCGGUAGCAGAGAGAACAGUCUAUAACUGAGGUGGCUGGUGUCUUUGACAAUUGUUAGGGCCUUCCUCUGACACCGCCUGGUAUAGAGGUCCUGGAUGGCAGGAAGCUUGGCCCCAGUGAUAUACUGGGCCGUACGCACUGCCCUCUGUAGUGCCUUGCGGUCGGAGGCUGAGCAGUUGCCAUACCAGGCGGUGAUGCAACCAGUAAGGAUGCUCUCGAUGGUGCAGCUGUAGAACUUUUUGAGGAUCUGAGAACCCAUGCCAAAUCUUUUCAGUCUCCUGAGGGGGAAUAGGCUUUGUCGUGCCCUCUUCACGACUGUCUUGGUAUGUUUGGACCAUGAUAGUUUGUUGGUGAUGUGGACACCAAGGAACUUGAAGCUCUCGAACCUGUUCCACUACAGCCCCGUCGAUGAGAAUGGGGGCGUGCUCAGGGCAGGGGAAUAUGCUAAAGUUGUCACAUCCGACACAAUGCAACCAGGUCCACCUUCCCGCUCGCUCACCACCAAGCCCUCUUACUACCCCAGAGUUCAAAACAGGCCAUGUCCACCUUCCCUCUCGCUCACCACCAAGCCCUCUUACUACCCCAGAGUUCAAAACAGGCCAUGUCCACCUUCCCUCUCGCUCACCACCAAGCCCUCUACAGUAUCUACAAAAAUGUAUCUUCCUUUGUACCUUUGGCUGUCUCUCUGUAGUGGAAGGUGAUCUUAGGAGUACAGACUAACAAAGGGUGUUGUGACAGAGUGUAGAGAGAUGAUAGAUGGGAUGCGGACUAGAGGAGUGGAACCAUCAGAGAUAUGAUAGAUGGGAUGGGACUAGAGGAGUGGAACCACCAGAGAGAUGAUAGAUGGGAUGGGACUAGAGGAGUGGAACCACCAGAGAGAUGAUAGAUGGGAUGGGACUAGAGGAGUGGAACCACCAGAGAGAUGAUAGAUGGGAUGGGACUAGAGGAGUGGAACCACCAGAGAGAUGAUAGAUGGGAUGCGGACUAGAGGAGUGGAACCAUCAGAGAGAUGAUAGAUGGGAUGGGACUAGAGGAGUGGAACCACCAGAGAGAUGAUAGAUGGGAUGGGACUAGAGGAGUGGAACCACCAGAGAGAUGAUAGAUGGGAUGGGACUAGAGGAGUGGAACCACCAGAGAGAUGAUAGAUGGGAUGGGACUAGAGGAGUGGAACCACCAGAGAGAUGAUAGAUGGGAUGGGACUAGAGGAGUGGAACCACCAGAGAGAUGAUAGAUGGGAUGGGACUAGAGGAGUGGAACCACCAGAGAGAUGAUAGAUGGGAUGGGACUAGAGGAGUGGAACCAACAGAGAGAUGAUAGAUGGGAUGGGGACUAGAGGAGUGGAACCAACAGAGAGAUGAUAGAUGGGAUGGGGACUAGAGGAGUGGAACCAUCAGAGAGAUGAUAGAUGGGAUGGGGACUAAAGGAGUGGAACCACCAGAGAGAUGAUAGAUGGGAUGGGACUAGAGGAGUGGAACCACCAGAGAGAUGAUAGAUGGGAUGGGACUAGAGGAGUGGAAACUGGGUUAAGAUAGAGAACAUAUGGUGUAAGGGAAACUCAAUGCUAACUCAACCCUCUAUAUAUCCUGAUCCCAGGUCAGUCCAGUAACCAGGAGUACUGGGUUAAGAUAGAGAACAUAUGGUGUAAGGGAAACUCAAUGCUAACUCAACCCUCUAUAUAUCCUGAUCCCAGGUCAGUCCAGUAACCAGGAGUACUGGGUUAAGAUAGAGAACAUAUGGUGUAAGGGUAACUCAAUGCUAACUCAACCCUCUAUAUAUCCUGAUCCCAGGUCAGUCCAGUAACCAGGAGUACUGGGAGAGUCAGUACAAGACCCUGAUCCACAACCUGUCCGCAGGCCUGCUGGAGGAGUACGGGGAGGACUACACCCAUGAGACCAAGGACCUCUUCCAGCGCUUCGCCCAGUCGGCUAACGAGGACCUGUCACCAGUCAUCAACACCAUCAGUGAGGCGCUGCUCUCCCCCCAGCCCCUGGUCCGGUACUACGCUGGGCCCGGCGUGGGCCUCAUGUACUUCAUCUAUAGUUUUUUCCCUCUGAGUCUCUCGGACAAGUUCCUCCAGAGACUAUUUGUGCAGAAGAAGAUCAUCCCCCGAGCGCUGAGGAAGGAGAAUGGGCUCAACGUCAGCCUCAACAACAACAACAACAACAACAACAACAACAACAACGUGGAUACGAUAGAGAAGUAG